CCCCAGCGCCUUUGGUUGCUGAAGGGAAGAACAGGAUGGAUGUGGUGCUGAGAAGGUGCUUUCUCCAUUUGUGUGUGCUAAGUGCUCUGCUGGCUGUGGGGGCCACAGAAGGACCCAGAAACCAGGACUGGCUUGGAGUCUUGAGGCAGCUCAGAACAAAAGCCUGGAACAGACAGCUGUAUCCAGAGUGGACAGAAGKUCAGAGGCCUGACUGCUGGAAAGGUGGCCAGGUGUCCCUGGAGCUCAGUAAUGAUGGGCCUACACUGAUUGGUGCAAAUACCUCCUUCUCUAUUGCCCUGCACUUCCCUGAAAGCCAAAAGGUACUGCCAGAUGGGCAGGUUAUCUGGGCCAACAACACCAUCAUCAAUGGGAGUCAGGUGUGGGGAGGAGAACCAGUGUAUCCCCAGGAACCUGACGAUGCCUGCAUCUUCCCUGAUGGUGGACCCUGCCCAUCUGGCCCUUGGUCUCAAAGAAGAAGAUUUGUUUAUGUCUGGAAGACCUGGGGCCAAUACUGGCAAGUCUUGGGGGGUCCAGUGUCCAGGCUGAGUAUUGGGACAGAACAGGCAAUGCUGGGCACACACACCAUGGAAGUGACUGUCUACCAUCACCGUGGAUCCCAGAGCUACGUGCCCCUUGCUCGCUCCAGCUCAGCCUUCACCAUUACUGACCAGGUACCUUUCUCUGUGAGYGUGUCCCAACUACAAGCCUUGGAUGGAGGGAACAAACACUUCCUGAGGAAGCAACCUCUGACCUUUUCUCUUCAGCUCCAUGACCCCAGUGGCUAUUUGAAGGGGGCUGACCUCUCUUAUACAUGGAACUUUGGAGAUAGUACUGGGACUCUGAUCUCUCGGGCACUUGUGGUCACUCAUACUUACCUGGAGUCUGGCCCCGUCACUGCUCAGGUGGUGCUGCAGGCUGCCAUUCCUCUUACCUCCUGUGGCUCUUCCCCACUUCCAGCCACAACAGAUGGGAAUAUGUCAACUGCAGAGGUUCCUAGCACCACAGUUGGGCAAGUGCCUACUGCAGAAGUUAUAGGUACUACACCCAAUCAGGUACCAACUACAGAGCCGUCUGGAACCACAGCUGUGCAUGUGCAAACCACAGAAGUCAUAAAUAUCACAUCUGUACAAAUGCCAACUGCAGAGGGAACAAGUACUACACUGCAGCAGCUACCAACCUCAGAGGUCAUAGAUACCACAUUUGCAGAGGUGUCAACUACAGAGAUUAUAGAUACUACACCUGUAAAGAUGCCAACUGCAGAGCCCUCUACAGAGGUGACAACUAUAGAGUUGGUGGAGACCACAGCUGAAAAGAUACCGACCCCUGAGCCUGAGGGUCCAGAUGCUAGCCCAUUCAUGUCUACAGAAGAUAUUACAGGGUCCCUGAGCCCUCCGCUGGAUGGCACAGAUACCUUAAUGCUGGUGAAGAGACAAGUCCCCUUGGAUUGUGUUCUAUAUCGAUAUGGUUCCUAUUCUCUCACCCUGGAUAUUGUCCAGGGCAUUGAGAAUGCUGAGAUCCUGCAGGCCGUGCCAUCCAGUGAAGGGGAUGCAUUUGAGUUGACUGUGUCCUGUCAAGGCGGGCUGCCCAAGGAAGCCUGUUUGGAUAUUUCAUCACCAGGGUGCCAGCCUCCAGCCCAACGUCUGUGCCAGCCUGUGCCACCAAGUCCAGCCUGCCAGGUGGUUCUGCACCAGGUACUAAAGGGCGGCUCAGGGACCUACUGCCUCAAUGUGUCCUUGGCUGAUGCCAACAGCCUGGCAGUGGCCAGCACCCAGCUUAUCAUGCCUGUGCCUGGGAUUCUGUUCACAGGUCAAGAAGCAGGCCUUGGGCAGGUUCCCCUGCUUGUGGGUAUCUUGCUUGUGUUGAUGGCUGUGGUCCUUGCAUCUCUGAUAUAUAGGCGCAGAUUUAUGAAGCAGGGCUCAGCUCUCUCCAUUUCCCAGCUGCCACAUAGUAGCACUCACUGGCUACGUCUGCCCAGGGUCCUCCGUGCUUGCCCCACUGGUGAGAACAGUCCACUUCUCAGUGGGCAGCAGGUCUGAGUACUCUCAUAUGAUGAUAAUGAUUCUCCUGGAGUUGACAGGAAUGCCUAUCUUUUCUGCAGUCUUUCCUUGGAGACCACCAUUACCUGAAAUAAAUACUUGGAACUUG